UUGACACGUGCUCUUUGGUGAAAGUUCCUCCAGCUGCUGAGGAGCUGACAGACAUGAUCGCUUCAAGCUUCAGGGACUGUGAGGCAUGGAGGGCAGAGGGUCUUGAACUCUCCACCAGCAGUAAUGAGGCAUGCAAACUCUAUGACGCCAUACUGACACAGUAUGUGAAAUGGAGGAACGAUGAAACCCUGGGAGGAUUUGAAGGAUGCAUUUCCGCUCUGCAGACAGCCGAUCCUAACUUUGUUAUGGGCCAUGUGAUGAGCACAGGGCUGGAGCUGGUGGCGACGGCGAGCUCCACCCGGCUGAACGAGCGCCUGGCGAGUGCCGUGACUCGAACGGUGGAGCUGGCCAACAGCCAGGACAUCACUCCCAGGGAGAAGCUCCAUGUCAAGGCCAUGGAGCUCUUCUCACGUGGAAACUUUGUCAAGGCCUGUGACCGAUGGGAGGAUAUUCUGGUCGAUCACCCCACUGACCUGCUGGCCCUCAAGUUUGCCCAUGAUGGAUAUUUCUACUUGGGAGCCCAGACCCAGAUGAGAGACUCCGUGGCCAGGGUGCUGCCUCACUGGAAACCACACAUUCCUUUGUCCAGUUAUCUGAAGGGACUUUAUUCCUUUGGUCUCCUGGAAACUCACUGCUAUGACCAGGCGGAGAAAGUGGCGAUGGAGGGCCUGCGUCUGACUCCAGACGAUGCCUGGUCCGUCCACUCUGUCGCUCAUGUUUAUGAGAUGAAGGCAGAAGUGGACAAAGGUUUGAAGUUCAUGGAAAGUCGAGAGAAAGACUGGCAGGUGUGUGACGUCCUGGCCAGUCACAACUAUUGGCAUUGGGCUCUAUACUUCAUCGAGAAGGGGCAGUACGAAGCCGCUCUGCAAAUAUACGACUCUCAGGUUUUCAGACGUUGUAAAGCCACAGGAUCCAUGUUGGACACUGUUGACGCCAGUUCACUGCUCUACAGACUGGAAAUGGAGGGUGUGUGCACGAAGGGCCGCUGGCGAGAGCUGCUCCAGGUAACGCAGCCUCACACUGACGAUCAUGUGACCUUAUUCAACGACCUCCACUUCCUCAUGGCGUCGCUGGGAGCCAGAGAGACCGGCACAUCGCAGCGUCUGCUGGAGGGCCUCCGGGAACUGGCUAAGGAUCCAGGGGACAAUCAGCAACACCAGCUGGCUGGAACUUUAGGUGUACCCAUGUGUCAGGCUUUGAUGGAGUACGACCAGGGCAACUACAGCGGAGCUGUGGAGCUCCUGUACCCUGUACGCUACAGGGCAGUAGAUAUCGGCGGCAGCGAUGCUCAGAGGGAUAUCUUCAAUCAACUGCUAAUUCAUGCCGCCUUGAAAUCAGAGGAUAAGCACCACCAGAAACUGGGAAGAUGUCUUCUAGUUGAGCGUGAUGCCGCGAGGCCAAACUCCGCCCUGACUGGUCGUCUGAUGCAGAGAGCCCUGGCUCUUCACGUCUAGGAUGACUGCAAGGUGCGACAAGAGCGGCUCCCAUACAAUAAACAUGAAAGUAACAUCAGCAGACACAGAAUCUGAUGGGGCCAUGUUUGGUUUUAGGGGACUUUUAUACCAGCUGUUUGAGACUGUUGUCAAGCUUGCUGAAAUCUUCAAAGUUUUCAAUGUAGAGUAUAUUUUAGAUUUCAUACCUGUUAAGUUUUAAUCAGGUGCUAAAUCUUUUUCCAUGCUUUUACCAAAACAGGCUUCUCUAUUAAGUGCAGAUGUCUGUGGAUGUCUUUCCCUGAAUUUUAUUAAUGACACAUUCUAUUUAAAUGCUUUUCAUGUCAACAGCAAUACAAAUAAUUCAAUAAAUAAACACUUUGCAUGUGAGAGUGUAACAGAAUAAAGUGCAUCACAAGCUAAGAAUAAGAAAUGUAUUCAAACAUUGCAGAAGUCCUGUAGCAGUAAAAAAAAAAAAAAAGUC